GUUUAUGUAUAUCAGCUGUUCAACUUCAUCACAAUCAGAGCAAAACAAAAAAUAUAUAUUAUUAUAAUCUUCUCUUCAAAUAAGUUAAUUAAUUACACCUUGAGCAUUAAUUCAAAGUUUCUCAAGUAAUUACUCAAUAUUUCAACAAACACUAUUGUAACAAAUUGGAGAAAAUUGCUUUCAAUAUGUCAUCCUACCUUCGUGGGUCUACGAACUAUGUAUGGUCCACGACAAGUAUAUUGGGAAAAGGGGCCACCGCCACAGUACACCAAGGAGUGAACAAAGUAAACGGAGAACCUGUAGCGGUCAAGACUUUCAAUCAUAUAUCGACUCUACGACCCCAAGAAGUACAAAUAAGAGAAUUCGAAGUUUUAAGAAAAGUGAACCAUGAAAACAUAGUCAAGUUGUUGGCCAUUGAAGAAGAACAAGAAAAUAAAGGAAAAGUGAUUGUAAUGGAACUGUGUACCGGAGGAAGUUUAUUCAAUAUUUUGGAUGAUCCAGAAAACACAUAUGGUUUAGAGGAAGGUGAAUUCUUAUUGGUCUUGGAACAUUUAUAUGCAGGAAUGCAACAUUUGAGAGAUAAUAAUUUGGUGCAUAGAGACCUGAAACCAGGAAACAUAAUGAAAUUUAUAAGAGACGACGGCACCACUGUCUACAAACUUACGGACUUUGGGGCGGCCAGAGAACUACCAGACGGACAGCAUUUCAUGUCGCUCUACGGUACUGAGGAGUAUUUGCAUCCUGACAUGUACGAAAGGGCUGUGCUAAGGAAAAACGCCAAUAAAACCUUUGGAGCUACUAUUGAUUUGUGGUCUAUUGGUGUUACUUUGUAUCAUGUUGCUACUGGAAAUUUACCAUUCAGGCCUUAUGGCGGAAGGAGGAAUAAGGAGACUAUGCAUCAUAUUACAACAAAAAAGGAAAGUGGAGUCAUAUCCGGAAUUCAAACCAAAGAAAACGGCCCGAUCGAGUACAAAAGAGAAUUACCAGUGAACUGUCAAUUGAGCACAGGCCUCAAAAAAAUCAUCACUCCCCUCUUGGCCGGUUUACUAGAAGCAGACCAUAAAAAAAUUUGGACUUUUGAUAUGUUUUUUGGGGAAGUCGAUGGGGUCCUUGCAAGAAAAGCGGUAAAUAUUUUUCACGUCAACAAAUCUGUGCUUAUAAAAGUUUACAUUGAUCCGAAUGAGACCUAUCAACAGUUGCAAGACUAUAUUACCGAACAAACUGAUGUCACCCCUGAAAAUCAAAUAUUACUUUAUAAAACAUCUUUGUUGAGUAGCCUUAUAGAAGAUUACGUGAAGGCGAGUGGAUUUCCUCAAACCACAGAAGACGAUCCCUUGUUUUUAUUUUGCAAAGAAAAUAACAACAUAAAUAUUCCACCUUUUCAAGAGCUGCCAAAAUUCAAUGAUUUUUCUACGGUUAUUUCUGUGGAGAAUGAUGCAAGCCAUGCAAAGUUUGCUUGUAGUAUAGGACAUCAAGCCAAAAGACAAAUUGAAAGAUAUUCGUUGUUCAGUAAAUUAAUUUGUGAUACUAUAGAAAAUUUUACAAAAUAUAUUAACGUUAAUUUAAAAGAAGUUUAUCAGCAGUCACAGCAUCUUUUAGAAAAAACAGAUAUAUUCAAGAAAACAGCUCAAAUAUUUGAGCUAUCUCAAAAACUAAGCAAUUACAACUUGAAAACUGACACCGUUCCUGAGUUGGAUAGUAUUAGUAAAGAUUUUCUUUCUGCCACUGCAGUGGGUGUUCACGGACUACAUAAACAAUACACAUUGGAAAAUAAUCUCAAACUACAAUGGGAAUCUAUCAGUAGGGAAUUAAAGUGUCCUUUUAAAACUUUAGCUCCUGCACGGGCAAAAACUUUAGUAGAACAUCUCAGAGAUUCUUGGCAGCAUUUGGUAAGAGACAGAGCUACACGUACGCUAUCCUAUAACGAUGAACAAUUUCAUAUUUUGGAAAGGAUCAAAAUUACACAGACAAUACACCGCUUGAAAAACUUGAUAGAAUCUGAAGUUUAUACCCAAUAUGAAGCUCUAUCUGAAAAUUUCGGAGACUGGUAUAAAAUGGCCCAAAAUGUGCAUUUAAAAACUGAAAUUUUAGCUGCAGAUGUAAACAAAUAUGAUUCAAAGUUAAAGGACUUUGAGGAAAAAUUUACUAUUGACAAUGUCGAAUUUUCUGAAUAUCUUAAAAAUAAUUAUGAACAUUCCAAGAAAACCACAGUGAUUAAAAGGACUGGAUCGUUGCAGGAUCAAAAAUUGAGAAAUAGUUUGAGGAACUACAUGAAAGAGAGUGGCGAUAUUAAAGAACUUAUAAGGACAAAUACUAAAAUGAUGAAUACUUUAUUGGAGUUUACUACGGAUUUAAAGGAAAGAUAUUUGGAGGAAUAAUUGUAUUAUGGAUAAAUAUAUUAUUAGGUUUAUAGUUAGGUAAUGAAUUAUAAUAUUUUAUGUUCCUUAAAUUCUUGUUUAUUGGCUUGACAUAUAUAAAUUUUGGUACGUGGGUAUUAUUUUUAUUCGAAAGUGUAAAAAGGUAAAAGAAAAAAUAAUUAGUUGGUAAUUUUGGCUGGUACUUCAAAGCAAAUUGCAUCUUUUCCUGACUCGCUAUCUGUGAGGGACCAGUGGACAACGGUUUUUAGCUGAAAAAAAACAAAAAUUGACUAUUAACUCAUGAUUUUUCAUAUUUUGUUACUAUAUCUGGUUGGUUAUUGAUGUUCUGUCUCACUGAGAUGGUCAGCUGACAGACUGCAUUUAAAAAAAAUAAUGAAUAAUUUACCUUAUAUCCUUUAAAAAGAAAAAUUGUUUUCUGACGCAAACACUUUAAAGUAAAGGUUAAAAAAAACUGGUUGGGAAAUGGACUUUUGAUGGGCCAAUUAAUUUGAAAAAUCCACUGUUCGCAUGUAUGCGGAUACAUGACAAAGUAAUAAGUGAGAAAUUGACAUCAUCACCGAACUUACAAAAACGUGUCUAUAAUCACAUUAAGUGCAUACUUGUUGUAGAUAAAAUAACUUAUGUAUUAAUUCUCACCCUGGGAUAGAUCUGCAAAACAUCAAUUGAAUCCUUAAAGACAUACGUUUUGCCUUUCUGGAACUGGCAAUUAUUUUUGGUCUUCUCAUCCUCUUCAUAGAUUUUAUCACAGGCAUUGGUGCCAUCUACGCCAAUGAACGGGAAAGGGAUACCCAUAAUAUUAGCGUUGACCGUCUGAAUCAAAUUUUUGUAGUUGUAUUCCGGUAUGAACUUCAUGGUUAGUGGAACUUUAGUGUUUUUUCUCAACCUACACGGUGGCUUCUCGCAGUUUCCGACUUUGAUUUUUUCCUGGAGCUUAUCGAUUUUUCCUACAAGAGAUUUUUUGAUUUAUGUAUUUAUAGUUAUUUAUGUAAAUCAGUUAAAUUACAUUUAAGUGGUACCAUAGAUCAGUCACUAUACUUAAUUAGAGUAACCUAAUAUUUAAAUUAGUGAGUGAGUAAUAUUUUAUUUUUAUUCUGCAGAUUCCUUUAAAAUCAUUAUUAUAGUGAUAAAGUUUGUGAGGCUGUCGCGGCCCAGGUUUAUUGAUAAGGGGUUUUCAUUCGGGCUUAAUGGCCGUCGUAAGUUGGAAUUUCUUCCUGACGUUUCGCUGGCUAGCAUUUUCAGAGGUGCUUCCAUGUCCGAUUCUGGUAGCAGACUGACGCGUCUAUGGAUCUUUUUGUCGUUCCUAUGUAUACCUGUGUAUACCUAAUGUGGUGAAUAAUGUAAGGGUUUUUAAAGACUGACACCGAAAUACCAACUGGUAUAUUAAUAUACAGUGUGUAUCAGCCAAAUGCAAUAUAAAUUCGAUAAUAAAUAAAUAGUUUUUCUGAACUAACUAGCACAUCUUUCAAAUCGAAAUGCACUCUACUAAGUAGGUUAUUCAACUUUACUUCUCGAGUGAAAGCGCGGCCUACUACUUAGCUUGUAUGAUAUAAGUAAUGUUCGUUUUUGAUAUUCACAUCAAUUUAACCUAUAUUUCCCAAUACUGUGCCCAUGAAUUCAUCCUCAAUAUAGGUAUUAAAAAAAAAUAUAUCAUAAAUAAUCAAAACAAGAAAUUAUUGUCCACGAGUUACUUUCUCAAAAGAUGUCAAGGAGAACUACAGCAUAUUAUUAUCAUCAGUACCAUAAUUAUCAUUAAUUUUGAAUAUUGUAUCAGUAAAUCAUUGUUAAUUUAUAUUUAUAAGUUUGAAUUAAAUAAUACACUAUAGGUAGCGGUUUUUUUUUCAAAGAUGACUUCACAGUACCUACACAUUCACUUAUCAGGUGAUUAGUUGCCAUACCUCCGGGUUCGACCUGUGGACACAGGUAUGAAAAAACACUCGACUAUAAUCUUUGGACGAUUAUUAAAAAACUUUUAUUCUGGCAAAUAAUAGUCAAUUAUGUAUGAAUAAAUUUUGUUUAUUUCCCAAUCAAAAAUUGUCCUAAUCGUGUUAAAUGGUG